AUGUGGACUUCAAGUGGCUGCGGCUUCAGUGUCUUUUGGGCUCUCAAUCACCUAUUAAUCAAACCCAAAGACGGGAAUGAUUUCAUCGACGCCAAUGGAAGGCCCAAGGACUUUUUCUCACGUCUUGGGGAUGCAACUCGGCUGGUCACUUCUGUGCGCGCAAUCAACACACCCCAACAGGCCAAAAACACACCUUCUUGGCCGGCUUACUACGCGCAAAAAGAUGGAAAGAAGAUCUCCCGUGCCAGAGUCCUGACCAGAGCUCUCAAUCACCUAUUAAUCAAACCCAAAGAUGGGAAUGAUUUCAUCGACGCCAAUGGAAGGCCCAAGGACUUUUUCUCGCGUCUUGGGGAUGCAACUCGGCUGGUCACUUCUGUGCGCGCAAUCGACACACCCCAACAGGCCAAAAACACACCUUCUUGGCCGGCUUACUACGCGCAAAAAGAUGGAAAGAAGAUCUCCCGUGCCAGGUUCCUGACCAGAGAGAUCUCAAUCGGUCUUUGGCAAUACUUGCUUCUUGAUGUAUUGACGUUCAUGCUGAUGAAAGAUGCGUUAGAACGGAAAGAAAGUGGAAAGAAUAUCGUUUUUGGCACCGAAUGGGACUUCCCUGCUGAGCAAUGGGUAGAGCUCGUUAUCAUGAAUCUCGUCGCGUGGCUAGUCGCAGCACGAACCUCAAUUAGCUCCCUAUAUCGCCUUUCCGCGAUCAUUUGCGUGGCUACUGGAAUUUGGCCUGUCUCGGAUUUCCCACCACUUUUCAACUCCAUGUCAGACGCCUACACACUGAGAAACUUCUGGGGUAAAUUCUGGCAUCAGAUGCUCCGACUCUCUUUUACGGGCGUCAGCAACUUCAUUUCGCGUGAUGUGCUGCGCUUGGCCAAGCCCUCGCUGGUAGAAAGAUAUAUCAACGUAUUCUUGGUAUUCUUUAUUUCCGGCCUUAUGCACCUUCUGGCGAAUCCCGUUCAAAGCAUCUCCUUACGACAAUCUGGUGCUAUGCCGUACUUCCUGUCCUUCGUCAUCGGCUAUAUGAUCGAAGAUGGCGUCGCAUCAUUGUGGAAGCAGAUCCGUGGAUCGCGGUACACCGAGGACCUUUCCCUGUGGCAAAAGACUAUCGGUUUCUGCUGGGUCUUUGGCUGGAUUGGAGUCUCGUCUACCUUUUACUUCGGCCCGCAAAUUGGCAGACCGGAAUGCGCUCCGUUUUUGGUCCCCUUCAGCAUCUUGAACUCGCUUGGCCUCCCUGCCACGAGUGCUUUACUUGUCGUUGGUGGCAUUCUCUUGAAACUGAAAUUCAAGAUCGAGAUUUGA